CCGAGCAAAAGCUUGAAAUAUCGCAAAGCUGCGAACAAUGAGAAUCUCAAAACCACCUUUCCGUUUUCGGACUCUUCACGCAGGAAGCCCUGUGACUGGUUCCGGAAGUUUGUUUCUUUGUCUGCAAACAUGCUUAUCGUUGAUUCUCCUAUUAUAUAUCAUUGAUGUAUAGGCGCUGAUCUUAGAUGAAGCGUCUAUUUGUUUCUGUGUACCCUGUCUGAUUAGUAUUUCAAGCUUCUCGUCUCAGCCGACGAAUUUCUCAUUCUAUGACCUGUGGAAACCAUCAUAUAUUGUCAGGAUUUGCUACAAGAGUCUAAGCUAUUUUAAUGUUGUAAUGCUACAUCAUAUACGAUAAUUACAUCUUUCACCAGCAGCUUCAUUUUAUAGCAAACACCCCAUGAUAUCCUACCUACACCCUGAGACCCUCUACGAAGUUUCCUCAAUCUCAACCCGCAGCCCCAUCCACAUAAAUAUUGAUUUCCGCUUGUCCCAAAACCCUACACAAACCUUCAACUCCAUGACCACCAUGCUCAGCAAAAUCCUCUACCUCCCCCUCGAAACUCUAACCCACGCACUAAUUCAACUCGUCGCCAUCAUACUCUUCCUCGCUUUAAUCAUCGUAACCUAUCUUCUCUACACCAUACGAUUCAUCUCUAAUCUCACCGGUCUGACGUUCAUCCUCUAUUAUCUCUGGAACCGAUUCCCCACCAUCAUAAAACGCAAAGCUGCGAUAGUCUAUGAAGAACGACGAGAACUCCGACGACAAAAUGCUGAAGCUAGAACCGAGAGACUCCGCGAAAGAAAUGAAGUGGGUGAGCGCGAAAAAGCACAAAUACGUGAUGCGAUGCGACGAGUCGCAUGGAAAAGAGGAGUAGGGAAGAUGGAUUAUGGGACUGAUUUAGCUGAAGAUGCUAAGAAGUAUAAAUCAGGAGCUGAAUCGAAACUGAAAGAUGGAGAUGAAAACUCUACCAAUCCAAAAAGGAAAGAAAUCGAAGAAUGGAUAGAAGAUGAAGUAUUCAUACAAAAUCCGCAGGAACUACAACAAGAGCUUGAAAAAUUGGAAAAUCGAGCGGAUUAUGGAAAAAAAGCGGGAUAUUGGGAUGAAGAGGAACAGAUGAGGGCUAGAGAGGCAGCGAAGAUUUUGUUGAGGAACGGGGAGGUGGAGGCAUUUCCUAGGUUUGAGGAUAUGGAUACUAGGAUGUGAGGGAUAAGGUUAGAGCGGGCGUAUUUGAGAUGAGGAUAUAUGAAUACGGUGUGAUCGGAUUGUUGGAGAAUUCAAAAUCGCGGAGAACAAACUGAGUCUCUAUUUUAGCAUAAUAUCAUGAAACUUCAUU